AUGCUCCCCACGUGGCGUAUGAGGGCCCUGGCUAGAAGGUUUAUACUUGGGCUUAAACCCGAAUUACACAGGGAUACCAAUACGGCUGCUCAGAAUGAUAAGAUAACUAUUUCCAAGAUACUGGCAUUUGUGCAAGGUAACGAGACUAGGUUACAGGAAGAAGAAGAAGCCCUGGAGAAGCAAAAAGAUAGAGAGUUCAACAAGAGGGCUAAGUCUAUUACUAGUGCCCCAUCUCAAAGGUCCAAUUUUAAUCAGAAGGGUCGAAGCUUCGGGACAUCAGGCUCACAGUCACAGGCCAACGUGAUCAACCGUGGUUUCCAACACCCUACUUGCAACACUUGUGGUAAGGAAAAUUCAGGAGUAUGCCAUUCGGGCAUGGAUGGUUGUUUUGGGUAUGGUCAGCUAGGUCAUUUUCUGCGGGAUUAUCCGUUACCAAGACAGAAUACUAGAGGUAACAGUAAUGUAGCUCAGUCCACUAAUUCAAUAGCUCCUCAAAAUUCCCAAGCUCAGCAGGGGCGUGGUGUAGCAAAGUCUAGAAAUACAGGCCAUGGUCAGAACCGUCUGUAUGCACUAUCAGGACAUCAGGAUACAGAGACUCGUGGAGAUGUUGUCAUAAUAUUUGCGGGCAGAGCUACAACUGUUGAAGAUUAUUCUGUCCAUAAUUUCGCCAUUGCUGGCCGUCGGUCAUCUCUCUGGUCUCUGUUAAUGGCUUCCUCGCUUGUUAUAUACAGAAGUAUAAAUGUUUACAACACUUUAAAAUACAGUAACUUGUCUCAACAUUCAGUAAAGAAGUAUUUUACCAAAGUACCGAAAUCCAGUGUAGCUUCUUCUAGUCAACCUAACCAGGAAGCAAAUGCCCACCAUUCAGAAAUACCAUUACCUUCUUCUCAAAAAUUUGAUUUGAGUACUUUAAAUUAUGAUCCGGGUGAAAGAACCCCAAUCUUGGACUAUCAUCCAAACCAUCGUGAUGUUAUUAGAAGAGCAUACCUUAUUAAUGGUCCUUGUCAACCUCGAUUGCUUCAGCAUGAGUAUCCUCAAACGAAUAUUUCUAGAUCAAUGCGUCGUUUUAAUUCUGAAUGGUUUGAUGAUGUAUAUCAUGAUUGGUUGGAGUAUAGUGUUAGUAAAGAUGCAGUCUAUUGUUUGUAUUGUUAUCUAUUUAAAGGCUACAACACUAAUCAAGGUGGGGGUGAAGUAUUUUCAACUAUUGGGUUUAAGAGUUGGCAGAAAAAGAAGAAUCUUGGAAAACAUAUUGGUCUACCGAACAGCCCACAUAACCAGUCAAAAAAGAAAUGUCAAGAUUUAUUGCGGGUACAACAGUCUAUUCAUUUUGCACUUGAGAUGCAAUUUAGUCAAUUUAAGCAUGCAUAUUGGGUCCGGUUAAGUGCUUCAGUUGAUGUAGUAAGACUUCUUAUAACUCAAGGAUUGGCAUUUCGAGGUCAUGAUGAAUCUAAAUCAUCACUUAGUAGGGGUAAUUUUCUUCAAAUUCUCUCAUGGUAUGCGAAAAAGUGUGAUAAUAUUCGUGAUUAUGUACUAGAACAUGCUCCUCAAAAUGAUCAAAUGACUUCUCCAAUAAUUCAUAAAGAUAUUGUCAGGGCUUGUAAGAUAGAAACAAUUAAAGCUAUUCUUGAGGAAUUAAAUGGUGACUACUUUUCUUUACUAGUUGAUGAGUCUUUUGAUGUGUCACGCAAGGAGCAAAUGGCUAUUGUCUUACGAUAUAUUGAUAGAAAUGGAUUUGUGAUGGAGCGGCUUCUUGACAUUGUUCAUGUUCAAGAUACUAGUGUUUUAUCUCUAAAGAGGGCAAUUGCUAAUUUACUUGCUCAACAUUCCUUAAGUCUAUCAUAUGUGCGUGGACAAUGUUAUGAUGGGGAAAGCAAUAUGCAAGGUGAAAUCAAUGGCCUUAAAAUGUUGAUUAGGCAAGAAAGUAGAUCGGCCCAUUCCAUUCAUUGUUUUGCUCAUCAACUUCAACUAACUCUUGUUGCGGUCUCGAAAAAAUGUAUUCAAGUGGGAAAACUUGUAGUAUUAGUUUCAAAUAUUUUGAAUGUAUUGGGAUCUUCUUUUAAGCGUAUGGAUGAAUUUCGAGAUUCUCAAAAAGAAAGAAUUCAAGAGGCAUUAGAUUUGGGUGAGCUUACAACCGGUAGGGGCUUGAAUCAAGAACUCGGUCUUUCAAGAGCUUGUGAUACGCGUUGGGGAUCUCAUUUUAAAUCUUUCAACAAUUUUAUUCUUAUGUUUGGCUCUAUUCUUAAUAUUCUUGAAUCACUUGUUCUUGAUGCACGAUUAUUGGAUGAAAGAGCCAAGGCAAUGGGAUAUCUUGAAGCAAGUCGAACAUAUGAGGUUGCGUUCAUGUUGCAUUUGAUGAGUGAUGUUUUAGCAAUCACAAAUGAGCUUAAUAAAUGCUUACAAAAAAACGAGCAAGAUUUGGCAAAUGCCAUGCUACUUGUUGAAGUAGCAAAAAUAAAGUUGCAAGCGUAUAGGGAUGAAGAAUUGGAUUCUCUUAUUGCUAGGCCAUAUGUUAUCUCUUUAAGAUCACAAAGGAGACUUGGUGACAAUACAGUCUCACAUCAUUAUCGUGUUGAGGUAUUUUGCAAUAUUAUUGAUUGGCAACUUCAAGAACUUAAAGAUCGUUUUGGCGAAGCGACGACUGAUUUGCUUCAUGGAAUUUCUUGUUUGAAUCCAAUUGACUCAUUUUCAAGUUUUGACAUCAGGAAAAUAAUGAAAAUGGCUAAAUUAUACCCUGAUGACUUUAAUGAAUUCAAUAUAGGUUCUCUUGAGAAUCAACUUGCAAGUUACAUUAUUGAUGUUCGUGAUGUUGAUGAAAGGUUCUCCAAUCUAAAAGGGCUUUGUGAUCUUUCAAAAAAAUUAGUACAAACAAAGAAGCAUUCAAAUUAUCCUCUUGUAUUCCGCUUAGUGAAACUUGCUUUGCUUCUGCCGGUUGCCACAGCAUCCGUUGAAAGAGCCUUUUCAGCAAUGAAGUUUAUCAAGAAUGACUUGCGGAGUCAAAUGAGUGAUGAUUUUUUUAGUGGUUGUUUGGUGCCUUAUCUAGAAAAAGAUAUAUUUGAUAAUGUUUCUAAUGAUGUUGUUAUUAAGACAUUUCAAGAUAUGAAACCUCGUAGAGUACAAUUGUAA